GACAUUUUGUAUGAUGGACACGGAUCUGUGGAUCUGUGCCUCAGGAGCACCUGGGUGAGGAGACACUUUGCAUGGUAGAUGUGGGGUGUGGAUCUCUCUCAGAGCAGGAUCUCCGGGAGGGUGCCCAACCCUGCUCCAGGGGCUGGCAUGAGCUGGAUUGAUGCUAGGUGACCUUCUGCUCUUCCAGCCUCCUGCCAGGAUCUCAGCUGUGCCCACAGGACCAUUCCCACCCUCUCUUGUCCCACAGGUUUCUAGCAGCUGCGACUACGUCUUUGUCAGCGGGAAGGAGUCGCGGGGCUCCAUGAGUGCCCGGGUCACCUUCACCUACGAGCACCUGUCGGCCCCGCUGGAGAUGACGGUGUGGGUGCCCAAACUGCCCCUGCACAUCGAGCUCUCGGACGCCCGGCUGAGCCAAGUCAAGGGCUGGAGGGUGCCCAUCCUGCCGGACAGGAGGUCGGCGCGGGACAGCGAGCACGAGGAGGACGAGGACGAGCGGAGGCAGAGCCGGGGCUGUGCCCUGCAGUACCAGCACUCCACGCUGCAGGUCUUCACCCAGUUCCACACCACGGCGGCCGAGGGCACGGGCCAGGUGGUCACCAUGCUGGGCCCGGACUGGCUGGUGGAGGUCACCGACCUGGUCAGCGACUUCAUGCGCGUGGACGACCCGCGGGUGGCCCACAUGGUGGACAGCUCCACGCUGGCUGGGCGGGAGCCGGGCACCACCCUCUUCAAGGUGGUGUCCCCGCUGGUGGAGGCGGUGCUGGGCGAGACGCUGGUGAUGGUGGCGGAGGAGAAGGUCAGCAUCACGGACCUGAAGGCCCAGGUGGUCUCCAGCCUCUCGCUGUCCCUCCACCCCAGCCCUGGCAACAGCCACACCAUCAUCGCCCGCACGUCCGUGCAGCAAACCCUGAGCUUCUUCAAGCAGGAAGCGCUGCUGAGCCUGUGGAUUUCCUACAGCGACGGCACCACGGCCCCCCUGUCCCUCUACGACCCCAAGGACUACAACCUGGUGGUGAGCAGCCUGGACGAGAAGGUGGUGUCGGUGACGCAGGACCGCGCCUUCCCCUUGGUGGUGGCGGAGAGCGAGGGCGCGGGGGAGCUGCUGCGGGCGGAGCUGGUCAUCUGCGAGAGCUGCCAGAAGACCAAGCGCAAGAGCGUCCUCUUCACGGCCUUGGCCACCGUGCGCGUGCACUUCGGGUCCGAGGAGGACCCCACCUACGACUACGACCACGUGUCCAGCAGGCCGGGGCUGGGGGAGGCCGGGGCCAGCACCACCCUGCGGGCAGAGGUGGACAGGAAAGCGGACCCGAGCCAGGACAGCCGCAUGUCCGGCGCGUCCCACCCCACCCAGGACUUCCCCACCAUCCCCACCGGCUUCGUGCAGGUGACGCGGGGGCUGACGGACCUGGAGAUCGGGAUGUACGCCCUGCUGGGCGUCUUCUGCCUGGCCAUCUUGGUCUUCCUCAUCAACUGCAUCGUCUUUGUGCUCAAGUACCGGCACAAGCGCAUCCCGCCGGAAGGCCAGACCAACAUGGACCAUUCCCACCACUGGGUCUUCCUGGGCAACGGGCAGCCCUUGCGGGCUCACAGUGACCUCUCCCCGCAGCCCGAGAGCCCGGGGAACCCGCUGGAGAACGUGCAGACCUGCUGCCACGGGGACCACCACAGCAGCGGGAGCUCGCAGACCAGCGUGCAGAGCCAGGUGCACGGGCGCGGGGACGGCUCCUCGGGGGGCUCCACGCGGGACCAGAGCGAGGACCCGCUCAACUCACCCACCUCCAAACGGAAGCGGGUGAAGUUCACCACCUUCGCCACCAUGCCCUCGGACGAGCUGGCCUACAACUCCAUCCCCAUCGCCGAUGAGGAGGACUUGGAGUGGGUGUGCCAGGACAUGGGGCUGCAGGACCCCGAGGAGCUCCACAACUACAUCCGCAGGAUCAAGGAGAUCGCUUAACGCAGGGGC